AUGGAGGACCUGGACAUCCAGCUCCAGAAGGAAACAGGAGAGUUCCUCCAGCCCGAGGAGGACCACAAGAAGGUUCUGGAGUUGUUGACCACUUGCUACAUCAAAUACAUGCGGAUCUUCCGGAGCCUGGAGAUGGCCCAUGAUCACCUCGUUAACCAGCAGAAACAAGCACUGAUCAGGCAGGUCCUCGAUGGUGUGAUUGGCCGCAUCCUGGAGAUUAAAAAGGAGCUGGUGGAGCUGGAGAACUCGGAGUUUCAGGUCAUGGAUGAUACCCUGAUGGAUCUACAGCUUCUCCCGGAAGACCUAGAAGUGCCUAUCCCAAGAUAUUUCAUCAAGGAAAACCUGGAAGUCCUGCAGGAGAGGGAGAGAAUCUUUGAUGAGGUUUUCCUUAAUGAAAGCUUGGAAACAGAGCAACCUCUGGAGGAACCUGAAGAGCCUGUUGAAGCAACCCAGGCUGAAGAGGAGGAGCAUCCUCCAGCAGCAUUCAAGAAGCAAACUUACCUGACAAGGAGGAGAGAAAUUCCACUUCCCAAGCUCAUCAGCGCUGCCACUUGCAUCCAAAAGUUCUGGCGUGGGUAUAUCCAGCGUAAGAGAACAGACAUCAUGAGAGAAGAGGAGAUGAUAUUCCUGGGGAUGGUAACUGCCCAGAAAGCUGAGGUCCAGAAGAGCCAGGAGAAGACCCUCACCAAGGAGAAGCUGAGAGAGAGGGAGAGGCUCAACAUGAAGGAAGACCUGCAGGAGCAGAUGGGCCAGUGCUUCAUUGAGUGCAGGCACAUCUUGGGCAGGUUUCCUGACUACCCCACUGAAAAGGCAGGAGGUUCCCUGGCUCUUUUUUCUCAAAAGACUCCAGAGCAGGUGGCUGCAGAACUGGCUGCCAAGGAGGAGAUGGCUCAGAACAAAGACAAAGCAGCCAAGGACAAAAUGAAGGACAAAACCCCCCCAAAAUCUGGGAAGAAAGGAAAACCUCCUGAGGAAGAGGAGGAAGGCUGGAGAAUGGCUCCCAGUAAUUUCCUUUCCAUCCUGGAGGAAGGAAACAGCCAAUACAAAGCCUUUUGGCAGAAGAGAGACCAGGAGUGGGAUUUCCUCCAGGAUCAUGACCCAGAGCUGAUCAAGGAGGUGAAAGAGGAAGAUGUGGAAGAAGAGCUGAGAUUGCAGGUUGGGGAGCUGAUGCGGCAGAAGCUGGAGGACCUCAGGCUGGCUGUGGAUGGAGAGAAGAGGGACAAACCCAAAAAAGGAAGGAAGGGUGCCAAGAGCAGCAAGGGCAAGAAGGGGAAAGGGAAGAAGAAAAAGUCUGAGCUGGAGGAAGAUCUAACUCCUGACAGGACCAUCGAGUCCCUGUACAAGGAGCUGGUGGCAGGAGGGUUCCUGAUCAAGGCCCAAAACGUGAACAUCUCUGAUUACCUUGGUAAUUACCUGGUUUUCCCAGCUCACCAGGUGGAACAGAUCCCAGUGCCCUCUGCUUCAGCCAUCAGGCACCUGGUGUCCCUCUAUGGAAUCCUGCCCCUCGGUUCCCCAACAGUCCAUGAGAGGGCUCCUCUGGUGAAAGCCUUGUUGCUUGCUGGGCCUGCUGGGGUUGGCAAGAAGAUGCUGGUCCAUGCCAUCUGCAGGGAGACAGGAGCCAACCUCUUCAACCUGUCUGCUUCCAACCUUGCUGGGAAGUUCCCAAGCAGGAAGGAGAUGCAGCUGCUGCUCCACAUGGUCCUCAAGGUGGCCAAGGAGUUGCAGCCUUCAGUGGUUUGGGUUGGAGAGGCAGAAAAAGUCUUCUCCAAAGCUGGGUCAAAGGCUGGAGGAGAGAUGAGCAGCCUGGAAAAGCUCCUCCCUGAGUUCCUGAAGGCUCUGAAAGCCCAGGACAGAGUCCUGCUGGUGGGAACCACCUCCCAACCCUUCCAGGCCAAACCCAAACCCUUCUGCAAGCUCUACCAGAAGAUCCUCCUGGUCCCAAGGCCUGACUAUGCCUCCAGACAUGCCUUAUGGAGACACUUCAUCCUGCAGCAUGGAGGGGUGAUCACCAGGAGGCUGAAGCUCACCAGCCUGGCUGAGGUGUCUGAUGGUUUCACCCAAGGCAAGAUCCUCCAGGCAGUUCAAGGUGUCCUCCAGGAUCUUCGGCUCCUGCAGAUGGACAGGCAGCCCCUGGGGCUUGAGGAAUUCCUGGUCUCCCUGGGGAGGCUGGAGCCCGUGUACCAAGAGGAGGAAGAAGCAUUCCAGGCCUGGUAUGCCAGGACACCCCUGGGACAAGCCUGGAGCAAAGCCCUGGCA